UUUUCAUCCCCAAAGAAAGUUUUCAACGAAGAUGAGGUUAAGAGUAUUGUGAAAGAGACAGUGGAAUCUACAAUAUUACAAGACUCCGCGUACCUUCAUAGUAGAAUAUCAAAUUGGAAUGCCACUAUUGUAGGAGAAACAGUAAAAAAAUUAGCAGCCUUAAAUAAAUCAAUGAAGUAUAUUGUGACUUGUACUAUUUUUGAAAAGAAUGGCGCGGGUAUACAUGCUACCACUACUUGUCAUUGGGAUAGUAAACAUGAUGGUGAGUGA